AUGGCGGAACCGCAUCGGUAUGCGGAAGAGGCCAACGAGGCCCUGGAUCCGGAGCUUCUGUACACAAAAGAAUACUGCAUUGGCGGUGGUAGCUUUGGCAAGGUGUUCAAGGGGGUCGAUAAACGAAGCGGUCGCUCUGUCGCCAUCAAGAUCAUCGACGUUGAAAAUGCCGAAGACGAGGUCGAAGACAUCAUCCAGGAAAUUGCCAUCCUGUCCGAGCUGCAGUCUCCAUACGUGACAAAGUACUACGGAUCCUAUGCAAAGGGUGCCGAGCUAUGGAUCGUCAUGGAGUUUUGCGCCGGCGGGAGCUGUGCCGACCUUAUGAAGCCCGGUAUCAUGGGCGAGGACUACAUUGCAAUAAUCAUAAGGGAGUUGCUGAUGGGUCUGGAUUAUCUCCACACGGACAAGAAACUGCAUCGGGAUAUUAAAGCGGCCAAUGUGCUUUUGGGGGCCAAUGGCCAGGUCAAGCUGGCCGAUUUUGGCGUGUCGGGCCAGCUUUCGGCCACCAUGACCAAGAAGAACACGUUCGUGGGGACUCCGUUUUGGAUGGCACCCGAGGUCAUUAAGCAAUCUGGAUAUGAUCACAAGGCUGAUAUUUGGUCACUCGGUAUCACGGCUCUCGAGCUUGCGAAUGGCGAGCCUCCCUACGCCGACAUUCACCCCAUGAAAGUCCUCUUUCUCAUCCCGAAAAACCCCCCUCCAAGGUUGGAAGGAAACUUUACAAAGGCGUUCAAGGAUUUUGUCGAACUGUGCCUGCAGCGAGACCCCAAGGAACGACCGACGGCCAGGGACCUCCUGCGACACCCCUUUAUCCGAAAGGCAAAGAAGACUACCUAUCUCACCGAGCUGAUAGAGCGACAUUCCCGGUGGGCGGCGACGCACAAGACGGACGAGGAAGAGACAUGGGAUGCCCACGAGAGUGCGCCACCGGAGAGGACGCGAGUCAACGAAGACAUGUGGGAUUUUGGCACCGUCCGGCUCGUCAAUGACCGCGGCGGCGUCGUCAGCCGGGCGCCCAUGCUCAACCCGCUCGGUGCGAGUGCUACUAACACGAGAGCCACGCGGAACUCUGCAGACUACGGUGAAAGACGGCGCGAGCCAUCCAGCCCGACGAAAAUGAGGGAGAUGGCCCUUCAGCCGAGCGAUACGCUCAAGGCUACGAAUCCGGCCAGCGCGGGAGCCUCACGGCAAUCGAGCCCGCAGCGGAAAUACACACCUACUCAACAGCACACACCCACCCAACAGCAGCGUGGCUUCGUAUCCAAAGUGGCUCCUCCUCUACCUGCUAGCCCUGUGGUAAUCAAGACUACAAGUUGGGAGGUUCAAGAGACAACCCCAAGAUCUUCAAAGAUUAUAACAGUGCCGGCCAUCUCUCAUCCACCGGAGCCACCCUCGCCUGACUACGACCGGGAGCUCCAGGAACACUUGCAGCGCGACAUGGGGAUACUAAACCUAAAUAUAGAUCUACCCGAUCCCGUGCCUACACCCUCGCCCCCUCCUCCUCCGGCGCCUGCACACAAGAAGAUUUCCAUACCUCCUGGGUUUGAAAAGUUUGGAAAACCGGUGCCGCCUGCUCAUGGGGUUUCGCCACGAUCAACGAGCGGUAAGCUUGCGAAAUACGACGUUUCGCCACGAUCAACAAGCGGUAAGAUUGCGAGAUACGACGUGGCAGAAAUCCCACCGUUCAGAAACCCCUCGCCAAAACCGCAGCCUCAGCCGCAGUCUACCGUGCAGCGAACGGUAGCUCCGGUUGCGCCGCUGUCCCCAGUAUCUCGAUUACCGGCUCCAUCUGCACCGGCACCGGCACCGGCAUCCGCGCCUGCUCCGGUUCCUGCUCCUGCUCCUGCUCCCGCGCCCGCGGCCGCUCCAUCGGCAUCGGUAUCCUCGUUGCGGUCACAGGGCCAUUCCCCAGGAUUGUUGGAAACAUUUCCCUCGCCUCCGGCUCCGAACCCCAACGGAGAGCUGGAUGCUCUCAACGACGUCAUUUUUCCCGCCCUUGAAGAGGCUCUCAAGCGACGGCAGAUUCGGCUUCAGCAUAUGUACAAGCCUGUUCCUAGCGGUUCGACCGUGUCGUCGAAGCAGCAGCGAGCUGAGGCUGCUCAUGAGAAAGUUCGCAAACUGGUCUAUAAGCUAGCUCACGUUUGCAAGGAGAUUGACUACUAUGAUAAAGCAGAACCCGUAGGCAUGGGACGGGACGUUGGGAACUUUUUGGAGGGACUGCUUGAGGAGAUUCUCGUUCGAGUCGAACCACUUGACGAGGACGAGGCGUAA